AGCUUCACUUGACAGGAUGUGCUUCACACACAAAAAUAGAAGAAUUGCGUCCCCCUAAUGUCAUAGUAAGUAGUCGUGUGAACAACUGGAUCUUGGGCCCUUUUUCUCCCGCUCUUCUAGUCCAGAUGAAUCAAGUAGUGCAAGAUUUUCUCCAUCUAAAAACUACUCCGUCAUUUCUUUGACAACAAUUUUUGAAGCAAAGUUUCUUCUUUGAUCCCCCAAGAAAUGGGUGGCAGACAGUCCGUUCCGAAGAAGGAUAUGGAAGAGGGGAAAACCACGUCGUCUUCUGAGGAGGAUGGCCAGCUGGCGAAGGAGCAGGCGGCGCGCGCGCGUGCGGAGGGCGAGACGGCGCGUUUCGGCGCAGGGCAUAAUAAGGAAUAUCCGGAUUCCGCCGCGCUUCGGCAGCCUCUGUCCGACACUCUGCAGCCAAUAACGUACGCAUUUUCACCCAGCCACUCGGAGGGGGAAUCGACUCCGGGCGGAGCAGCAUCCCCGAAACACAGCAAGUUGAUUUACAGUGGCGUAUUUGAUGGAAUGAGCGGGCUCAGCGGACCGGUUUCGUUCGACGCCAGUGUCGCCCCCAGGAUGAGUGUCGCGCGGGACACGUACACCGUAGUCAAAGACCCAAAUCGGCGUCGUCGAAGUAGCAGCGGCCGGCGGCGGAAGAGUGCAACCUCUACUCCGGCUAGUACAUCCAGACCCGCGAGCAGACCCAGUAUCCUGGGCCGCGCCGCCGAGUCACCAGCGGGUCCUUCCGCCGGACGGCCGAGCAAAGGGUCGUCCCCGCCACGGAAGACCGCAACUGCCGGCUCCGUUGCCACGUCGCCACCACCCCCCUCGCCGUCCCCACCGACCGGAAGGGCCACCUCCGGCUCACCGGCGCGGCGAACCGGAGUUAUGGCGGGUAGUGCGCCACAACUGCAACAGCCGGAAAGAAAGUCGUCGCUGAGACGGACCCUCGACGAGGUCGCGAGGGAGAAAGAGGCAGCUCUGGCCCCAUCGACGUGGCUCAGACGGACACAGGACGAACUUGCGAGGGAUAAGGAAAGUCGGGCCGCGGGCCCGUCGCAAGCACAGAAACCAUCGACCUAUCUGAGUCCGCGAACAACGGGCGGCGAUUCCAGCAGUUCCAGACAGCGCGGGCGCUCCCUCGUGAAAUCCUCGGCCUCAGAUUCCUCGAGGAGUAGAGCGGGCGAGAUGCAGGUGUCCGGCGCGACGAGAACAAAAGAUACGGCCGCUUUGAAUCCAAAUGUGAGUACGACAAGCUCAGCCCCGGCGACCAAGGCCACAACCCACAUGAGCCCCCGGUCGCCACGGUCCGCCUACGAGCCCGGCACAGUCUGGACCGGCGUCCUGCAGUCCGACAGAAGUGGCUCUACUCCUUUGCGGUCGAAUAACAAGACGCUGGAGAAGAUCGCCGCCGCGGGAGGCGGCGCUAGUUCGCGGCGAAGCGCGUCGGCGGGGAGACGACCACAAGGGCAGCUCAGUUACCAUCGACGGCAGGACGAGUUCGACCCGUCCACGUCCAACUCGGAGCUGGAACCGGCACAGAAGUCUUCCCGAACUACCAGCCUUCUGCACUCGAGAGGCUGCGCGCUCUGCCUUGCAGUGUCCAUCGGCGUUCUGGGCGUCGCGAUUGUCAUAACCUUGAUUGUGUACUGUUGCAUUUUGGAAGAUACCGUGGAUGAAGCCAAGGAGGCGAUGCGCGCGGGGCAGGAGAACCAGGUCGCUACGGGCAGAAAAUUCAUGGCGGCGCGGACGGGAAACAGAGGGGACCAGGGGAACAUACCGGUUUCCGCACUGCAACUAGAUCCGGCAGGUGACGUGAAGCAACACCCAUGA